AAGCUGUAUAUUGAAGUUUUGGAAAAUGUUGACAGAUAAAUUUGUACGGAAGUAUUGUUAAAUUUGGUUGCGUGCGCCCAGCAAAAUGCGCAAAAAUGUUAGCCCCAGUGGAGCAAGGAGUAGCAGCCCGAUGUGGUAUACUGCGGCCGCGGAUUAUGCACAUAAAUUGCGUAUGUCCAAUCCGAUGGGCUCCAGAUUUGCUCAGGCGGCGAGCAACAGCCGGGCACCCGUAAGGGGUUUUACUGGGCAGGGAAACAGAUUGUUGCCGUCACAGAACUUUAGUGUGCCCGCGCAAAAUAGAGGCAGGAGCUUGGAAAGCAGAAACAACUCCAUUAAACGGCGUCGUCCACGUAACCCAACGAGAAAUGUAUUUUUGGCGCCGCCAAUAAGAACCCGAACGUCCAACCGCUCGAUUUCACCUCACGUGGUUGAUAUGCAGAUACCGCUUCAUAACCUGAAGGAUCCUUGGUAUAGUAAGAGUACGUUGGUAACAACAAUGAUGGAGGCUCGGAAUAGGCAUGACUUUGCCGCCAAUUCCGAUGAGGACAACGAGGACAAGCAGACACAUGAUAGUGUUAGUACGCGGACAUUAAGAGGCAAAGAAUCCGAGGAUAUUCUGCAAGCCAAUAUGUUGCCACUCAUUAUGGUGGAGCCAAGUCCAAAGAGCAGUUCGCCGUCAAAGACUUCACAAGGUCGAAAGAAAAAGGCCACGUCCAAAUCAAAAUUAUCAGCUGGCACCAUUAAAACUGAACCGGCGAACAUUGAACAGCAGCCGGCGCCAGCUGUAAGCGAUCCCGUGGUGGAAGCCGUUGUCGGCGCAGCUGCUGUUGAGGAGAGAAAGAGCGGCCCAAAGGAGGAACCAGCUGAAAAUAAAGCGACGAAGAGUAACGAUUUGGAUGGCAAAUCAUCGAAAUGCGGUUGCCCAUCCUUUCGCAGCGAAUUUCCAUCGCGUCGUCGCUCCGAGCACAAUGCUAAUGAGAUGGUGUGUCCGAGCCAAGAUGGUGACUAUGAGGACAUGGUUGAGGCUUGUGAAGUAACGGAAGCGCACUUUAUAAGCUACGACUGUGAUGAGCUGAACUCGUCGAUCGGAAAUGAUUUGGAUUUGCCAUCGCAUCAAAGCAAUUUUUGGAAUGCCGCACCACAAUAUUUGCUGCCAUCAUUCAUAUCGCCGGGUCAGUUGGGGAAAACAGCUUGCAUGGAGCAGAAACAGUCGAAGUCGAAGUGCCCUAGCAAAAGCUGCGCGUAUCAGCAGUCGCAGCAGCAAGGAAACCGAAUGAAUCGGAAUAGUUGUUCCUAUAACAAUCGUGGCAUUGCCUGGAACAGAUCGUCCUGCCGGCAACAGCAAAACCUUGGCUAUCCGGGCCAGCAGAUGCAUCCGAACUCCUGCUACAGCAUGUGCAGUCAUCAUCAGCCAAUGCAAGUGCCUGUCCGAAUAUCGACACAGACCUGCCAAAGCGGCCUAACCGAGCUGCUGGCCCAGCAGCUGCAGAGCCAGAUGCAGCAGGCGCAGGUCCAAAUCGCCCAAGUUCAAAUGCAAUUAAGCAGUGUCUGCGGCUCGUCCAAAAUGCAGCACACGCCGGCUCUGGUCCAUAAUCCGACAAGCUGUGGGAUGAGCAAUGAUUUAACGCAGGAGAUCGCAGGCGAUCGGGAGCCACCGUGCUCGGAUGCGGACACAUUGAACGAUGUUCCAACGGCAGCGGAUGUCGAUGAGACACAGCAAAGACGCUCGGUACAGUUUCCGGUAAGAGAAGAGGCCUUAGCCUCCGUGACAAAUACGAAUGGAACAACCGAACAAAGCCCGUUGAUGGUGUCUCCAAAAACGCCAGCACCACUGAUGAGCCUAGGAUUUUAUGCCAUGCACGAUGCACAGAAUCAAUGUUGCUAUCAGCAACAGCAACAGCAACAGCAGCAACAACAGCAACAGCAACAACAGCAACAACAGCAACAACAGUUUUCAAUGCAACAGUUACCACUGCAACAAUAUCAUCCCCAACAGCAGCAGCAGCUGCAGCUGCAGCAGCAAAAUAUCAUGCAUUCACUACAGUUUCCGGGGAAUUGUUAUCGACAGCCCUGUUGCCGGCAGCGGUAUGCUCAGAUGCGAUUCAUGAUGCCGCGCUGCUGGCCGGGCCACUAGAGUAGCCUCCGCACAGUAUUUCUUGGCUUUACCGAAAGGAGUUCGUAAGGUAACGUGCCAUGUACAGUGAAACAAGGAGUGCACAACAGCGACCUUAUGUAUAAUGUACGGUACAUUACAAACUCGGUUUAUCUAUGGAGAGUUUUAACCAGAGUUGAGCUAAAUCCAAUUUGGUCAAUGCUUCCGUUUCAAGUUAUAAAUAGUUGCAUUUUAUUAUAUAUAUAUAUAUGUAUUAUCAAAAUUGUCAAAACAUUAAUAUGAUAAGCUCUCACAAAAUAUUACUUUAAUAUAUA